GCCAAUGAGGGAGGAGCGCUGCAGAUCUCCGAGGACCCGGAGAAGCACUUUAGACAACUUCAACAACACACGUGUUGUGUUAUUUUUAAACGCACUUUCGUUUUUUUAAGUCUAACUUGUGGAAAAAAAUACGAACUACUUUGGGAACCAGGAUCGGCCCACACCCAGGGUCCCGCAGCGCUUAGGUUACGCACUGAUCUGAGGACCUUUGUUACGCGUCGAGUCCAGCGCGUUAGGUCAUCUUUUUAAGGCUCAGUUUGCGGGUUUCCAUUUAUUUUAUUUACAUCAGAAGACUGUUAUCGAGCCUGGCCUUUUGUCAUUAGGCUGAGGGGUAAGACCUUCCACUGGCCAAGGGCACACCGGCUCCAAAACAGACUUUUAUUAAGUUUAGGAAAACUUUUUCAAAGGGAAAUUGGAGUUCAAAAGGCUUGUGUGAAGGUCCCCCAGUCCGAAUUAUCUUUCGGUCGGGAGAGGGGAGAUGUUGAUGGAUUUAUCAAGUGGGACCCGCAACGAUGGACGUUGUAGAUGAAACUGAAGCGUUACAAAGAUUCUUUGAAGGUCAUGAUAUUACCUGCUCUCUGGAGCCAAGCAACAUCGACACCAGUAUCCUGGAGGAGUACAUCAGCAAGGAGGACGAUAGCACUGACAUUUGUUUUUCCGAGGUCCACAGCGGCCCAGUACCGAACUACUCAUCUCCCCAGGCAUCAGGGUCCUCCUCUGGAGGGUUAGCUUGUGGCGUGAGUCCCCCCAUCCCGUUACGGCAGGGAGUGCCUCCACCUGGCCCGCCCCCCAACUGCCAGGGCCCCUACCCCCCAGGGCCCUCCCUGGGCCUCCUCCGACACAACUACCCCUGCCUGGGACCACAGCAGCCGCCAGCGCACAUCAAGCCUGAACACAGAGGCCACUACGCUCCAGGGACACUACCUGAGUCCCCUCCAGACUCCAGCUCAGAGCCUUACUCUCCCCAGCAGGUGAAUGAUCCUCAUAUGCUCAGGACCAUGACACCAGAGAACAUGUGUCACAUGACUCCCCCGCCACCUCUGCCGUCACACGGCCACUAUCCCAGCAUGCACCGGGACAUGUACCUGAAACCCGAACCCAUAAUCACCCAGUACCCUAUCGGCCCGGUCGCCGGGGGCAACGGAGACCUGCAGCAGACUCAGAUGCUGCAUCAGCUGCUUCAGCAUCCGCAGGGCCAAGACGGGGUUGCUGCCCACCCGGCCAAGAAGAGGAAACACUCCGACUCGCCCAACAGCACGCUCAAUGCUCAAAUCCUCACAGGUAUCAUCAAGCAAGAACCAGGGAUAAUGCAGGAUGCAGAGAACACCUACCUGGACCCUAACUACCAGUGCAUUAAGUGGCAGCCGCACCAGCAGAAUAAGUGGACGCCCCUAUACGACGCCAAUUGCAAAGAGUUGCCGAUGCCCACCUAUCGCGUGGACGCAGACAAAGGCUUCAACUUCUCCCUGGCCGACGACGCCUUCGUGUGCCAGAAGAAGAACCACUUCCAGGUCACUGUCUACAUCGGCAUGCUGGGGGAUCCCAAGUACAUCAAGACCAGCGAGGGCCUGCAGCCCAUCGACUGCUUCUACCUGAAGCUCAACGGAGUGAAGUUGGAGGCCAUGAACCAGUCCAUCAGCGUGGAGCAGUCCCAGUCUGAUCGAAGCAAGCGGCCCUUCAAACCAGUGUUGGUGACCCUGCCUCCGGAGCAGGUUACCAAGGUGACGGUGGGGCGGCUGCACUUCAGUGAGACCACGGCCAAUAACAUGAGGAAGAAGGGCAAGCCCAACCCCGACCAGAGGUACUUCAUGCUGGUGGUGGCGCUGCAGGCCCAGUCCCACAGCCAGAGCUACACGGUGGCAGCACAGGUGUCCGAGAGGAUCAUCGUCAGGGCCUCAAACCCGGGUCAGUUUGAGAGCGACAGCGAGGUGCUAUGGCAACGCGGUCAGAUGCCCGACUCGGUCUACCACCACGGCCGGGUGGGCAUCAACACGGACAGGCCUGACGAAGCCCUGGUCGUCCACGGCAACAUCAAGGUCAUGGGGUCACUGGUGCACCCCUCUGAUAUCAGGGCCAAGGAGAACGUCCAGGAGGUGGACACGACAGACAACCUGAAACGGAUCUCUCAGAUGAGGCUGGUGCAAUUCCAAUACAAGCCAGAGUUUGCGGCCACUGUGGGCAUAGACACCACUAAGCAGACUGGAGUCAUCGCCCAGGAGGUUCAGAAGAUCUUACCCGAGGCGGUGAAGGAGGCGGGGGAUGUGGUGUGCACCAACGGAGAAACCAUUCCAAAGAUAUUGAUGGUUAAUAAGGAGCGUAUCUUCAUGGAGAACGUGGGGGCGGUGAAGGAGCUGUGCAAGCUGACGGACAACCUGGAGACCCGCAUCGACGAGCUGGAGCGCUGGAGCCGCAAGUUGGCCAAGCUGCGGCGCCUGGACAGCAUGAAGAGCACCGUGAGCGGGGGCACCAUCAGCCAAUCAAGUAGCUACUUUAGCAGGAACGGCAGCGGGCCUCUGAAGAAGAAGCCGGUCAAACCCGGGACCAAGACCCCACCCCCAGAUCCGGGCUGCAUCAGCCAGAAAAUCAUGCAGGGCACCAUCCUGGCUCUGGUCGUGGUCAUGGCCUUCAGUGUUAUUUCCAUGUCCGUGCUGUACGUCCUCACUCUCCACCACAAAGGAGCCGUCAGUGAGAAGGAUGGGUCCAGAGCUCCAGUGGGCUCCUCUCGUAGAGGUUCCUUCACAUCCCAGCCCUCCACCGCUUCACCAGAGGCCUGCUGUUCUACCACAGCACUGAACAACCAAUCGUCUACCGUUCUCCCGCUCCGAGGAAACCAGUCCCUGAUAGACGCAGGUGGCCCGCUCCCCACAGCCGGCACCAUGACCAAGAAGGCCAAGUCCAGACCCAUGGACAAGGACGGCCGCAACAAGAACCGCCUCAGCCACACCUCCACACCUCUGUACUUCGCCAAGUCCCGUCGACCGCUCCCUUCUGACCAGGAGGAGACGGGAGAUCCCAACCGGGUCCCGGGGGGGCUGCCGUCACCACGCAGACAGCGGAGCAUACACACACAGGGGGAAAGGCUAGCGCCCUCUCUGACUGGCCUGCACAUCCUGGAGACCGGCCAGCAGAUCACGACCCGGAGUUGCCCAACACCAGAGAGCUGCAGCUACACCAUAUCUCUCCACGGGAAGAGGAACUCCUCCAUGUCACAGAUUACUUUGCACAUGACGUCCAACCAAAGCGUGUGGGUUCAGCAGUGUGGGUACGCCAGGGGCCAGCUGUGUCCGGACCACAAUGAGACACGGCUCUACACUGGAAAGAGUGCCUCUACAAGGGGGAUCCUGCACCUGAGAUCAGUACCGGCUCUACCGUCCCAGGAUGUCAUCCAUCACUUCCGUGUCACUCUGUCGAGUGACGUAGGCUGUUCCAGCAAGGAGGAAAACAAAACAACUGCCUUAUACUCAGACUACUAUUUCCUAAUUCAAAGCAGCUGUCAAUAAGACACUGAAGGAUCUGGUCAAGUGCCUUGUAACAGCAAGCCAAGACUUCACUUAUUCAGCUAGUAGUUAUACUUGGUCCUGUUGGUAUUGUGUAUUUGACACAUUCAAUCUUGAUUUAGCAGGAAAGAGGCUGGUACUGAGACAAGCUAUCUACCACUGUUCAUUUUUAUUGAUGAUUUUUGAAGUGCUGUAGAGAUCACGUUAGAGAACACUGGUUAAUGUUUUUAUUUUGUUUUAAAAUAAAUGUAUUUUGUCACUGAAUAUAUCAUUGUUGGAUUCAGUAAAAAGCCAUUUGAAGAUGACAACUCUUCAUUUCUUUACAGCGAAUUAUUAUUGUUUGAAAAGUAUAACGUCAAAAUUAACAAAAAUAACUGUGCAACUCAUUUUUGUAUCACUGUUUAGCAAUGUACAGCUUACAGUUCAAAAAGCAAGAGUGGACCAGAAAUAACGAUGCUAGGUCUAUUUUAGUACUCUAUUUUCUACUAUUCUGUAUGUAUUAAACAAAUGUGACUUAUGCCUUAAAACAUGAAACAUCCUUAGUUAUAGUUUUAUACACUGGAGCAAAGAUCAUUCGAUUCUGUACAUUCAUGAAUAAAUAAUGGCCCAUUCACAUUUUAAAUAUACCUCAAAAGUUCACACUGGCAUGUUAAAGGUCUACAUAUUAUGGAAAGAGUUGGAGGCCACAGCUAUUACUGGAUAUGUAUUUCUAUAAAACAUACACUGAAUAUGCAGAGAGAAAAUCACGUCUAAGAUUCUGUGGGGAAGAGAAUGGUUUGCUCUCAAACGAUAAAAAACUUUCUAAAUCUUUCCAUGUUUAUUAAACAGACCAUACCAUUCCUCCCUGAAGUUAUUUUCGCUGUGCCCUGAUGCUUGCUCACUUCAUUCAGGGAUGACAUGUAUUAAGCAUUUCUGGAAAUCAAAUAACUGGAAAAGCGCAUAAGAGUUGAAACACUGAAUGUUGCAUCAUCUUCUGCGAAGAAAAGUGUUGUCUAGCAAUGGACAUUUCUCAAAGACACUGGAAUGGCCUAUACUGUAUUGGUUAACUGGAUUUAAUGCAACGAUUGCAACUGGCAUAUCAACAGAGGAGCAUGUUCUAUAAAUUAGUUUCCUGCUCGCUCUUUUCCAUACAUCUUAGCAGAUGUAGCACAGAUAUAAACCAUGUGUUAACUAUGGGUAUUACAUGUGUUAGCCUGUCACCAAACUGAUAUAUUCUUGCUCUGCUCUAUACAUGCUCUGGAUGUUUCAAACUAUUAAUUUGUACCUAUGUUUUACACACACAAAAACAUGCAGAGUGGAAAACCUUUGACUAAUAUUACAGUGUUUGCAUUGUGGUAAUUUAAAAGUUGUACAUUUGUAUAUGUACUUUUGAUUCACUAAAUACUUUUUAGUAUUUUUCCAUAAUAUGUCCAAGGAGAGCAAUAAUAAGUAAGUUGAAUUGUUUGCACUUGAGAACUUUUUAGAACAUGCAUUUUAUUUUAUUGAUAAUUUUGGGAAACGAGGAUGACUAUGACAUUGAAUUUUAAACAUCAAUAUGUAAACAUAUAAGCAGUCAUUUAACUAAUUUUGUGUAUUAUUUGUUAUGCAAACUAUGAAAACAUUGUAUAUUUUUUUCGAUAUGAUUAUACGACUUUAAGGUCCUAUCAAAGCUUAUUUAUAAUGCACAAGCAAGCAUAGUAAACCCAGCUUAGCUCUAUUUGCACUGUAUAUAUGACCUAUAAUUGCUCUUUCCAGUAGAUAUAAACUGGUAUCAAAUAGUCUGAUAGAAUUGCAAUGUUUCAUGUUGUUGUUAUAUUAAUAUCUUAACCUUUUGUAAUGGAAACAAUUUCAUUAUCAAUCAAUGUCUUGUCAACAUAGCAUGAUUUCAAAUUUUGGGGGAUUUCAAGUUAUCUUUUUUCAUAUCUCUUCCUUAAUCUGUUCUCGCUUUCCUUCAUUGUGUUGUUUAACUGUGUUGUUGUUGUUGUUGUUGUUGUUGUUGUUGUUGUUGUUGUUGUUGUUGUUGUUGUUGUUGUCAUUGUUGUCAUUUGCCCACGUGACCCUUAUAUGUGUUUUGACAUAAACAUGCUGUAAUAACACAAACGCAUGCUUUCAAUAAAGAUGUUACAAAA